CCGCCAAGAUGGCGGCCUCCUGCGUGGCCCUGGCGGCGCUCUCGCUCUGCCUGCCGCUGCUUCUGCUCGUCGCGUGGAAGCGCUGGCGGCGGGGGCGGGCGGCCCGGCACGUGGCGGUCGUGGUGCUGGGCGACGUGGGCCGCAGCCCCCGCAUGCAGUACCAUGCGCUGUCGUUGGCCAAACGCGGCUUCUCCGUGACCCUCCUGGGGUUCUGCAACUCCAAACCCCACGAAGAGCUCUUGCAGAGCGACAGAAUUCAGAUUGUGGGUUUGACAGAACUUCAGAGACUCACAGUCGGGCCCCACAUUCUCCAGUAUGGCGUCAAAAUCGUGUUUCAGGCCGUGCACUUGCUAUGGAGGUUGAUGUGCAGGGAGCCAGCAGCCUACAUCUUUCUCCAGAACCCUCCAGGCCUGCCCGCCAUUGCCGUCUGCUGGUUUGUGGGCUGCCUCUGUGGGAGCAAGUUUGUCAUCGACUGGCACAACUAUGGCUACUCCAUUAUGGGUCUGGUGCAUGGCCCCAGCCACCCCCUUGUUCUGCUGGCCAAAUGGUACGAGAAGCUCUGCGGGCGCCUCUCCCACCUGAACUUGUGUGUGACCAACGCGAUGCGGGAGGAUCUGGCGGAGAACUGGGGCAUCAAAGCCGUGACUGUCUACGACAAGCCAGCAUCUUUCUUCAAAGAGACGCCCUUGGACCUGCAACACCAGCUCUUUAUGAAGCUGGGCCGCACCUACUCUGCGUUCAGGGCCCGCCCAGGACCCUUGGACCCGGCCACAGAGAGGUCGGCCUUCACAGAGCAGGACCCUCGGAGCGGGACGGUGAUGCAUCUGCACGGGCGGCCGGCCCUGCUGGUCAGCAGCACGAGCUGGACAGAGGAUGAAGACUUCUCCAUCUUGCUGGCAGCCUUAGAAAAGUUUGAACAGCUGAUCCUGGAUGGAGAGAGCCUUCCUUCUCUGGUCUGUGUGAUAACAGGCAAAGGGCCUCUGAAGGAGCAUUACAGCCGCCUCCUCACCCAGAAGCAUUUCCAGCACAUCCAGGUCUGCACCCCGUGGCUGGAGGCCGAGGACUACCCCCUGCUUCUAGCGGGCGGCGGUCCACAGUCCUCUGGGGUUCGUGUUUGCAGGCUCCGCGGACCUGGGCGUGUGCCUCCACAAGUCCUCCAGCGGCCUGGACCUGCCCAUGAAGGUGGUGGACAUGUUCGGGUGCUGCCUGCCCGUGUGUGCCGUGAACUUCCCCUGGUAGGAGCGGAAACCCAAUCUUCCCAAGUUCGGUUCUCAAGUCAGCAGCUGGGGGGCGCUGUGCUGUCAGGAUUCCCCUGGGAACGCCCCAGAAAGGUGCUGCCUCCCCGGCCUCGCAGCAUGGCGGGGUUCCUGCGGGAGGGCCCCACGGAGGAGCUGGCCCCACUUAGUGCUCAUGUGGAGUAAAAAACACGUGUGUUAAAUGCUCUCCCAGGGGCUUGUGCUCCCGGGAGAACACGUGGCUGGAACUGCCCGCACGGUGUACGUGGUUUUAGUUCUCUUUCUGUGUCGCUUUUGUCUGAGCUCAUCUAGUUGGAUUCAGAUCAGUUAAAUGAGUGUAAUUCUCUGUCUCCACUCUUCCUGGCAAAGAUGGGCGUUUGGAGAGGGCAGUGCUGAAAGAGCUUCUGGAAGCGGUAGUCCGCACGGCAGGGGAGUCAGUCGCUGAAUGGGAAACAGGAUGUUAGGCCCCCAGCUCUCGCACAGGCUGGGGUCAAUGCCCUGCUUAUCCAGAAGAAUCCCCCUCACUGUGCCGAACCCGCCUCCAGGGAGGCUGCCUUUUUUCCUCUGCUGUGGAAGUGAGGAAGAACGCAGAACUCAUUGAGCACACUCUCACCGAAAAAAGCAGUGAGCAGAAAAGGCCCAAAUCCCCUUGAUUGUCCCUCCUUCCCCGAAUCGGCCUGAAUUUUUAAUGUGUGUCCUUGCAGGUCUUUUUCCUGCUUAGACGCCAGAUCUUAGAACAGACUCAGUGAAACCAGACUGACUGCUCCUGACCCCAGCUUAGCCUGAGGGUGGGGCAGGGACCCUGUGGGCGGCACGGCUGGUGUCUCCUCCAGGCAGUUCUCAGGCCUCCCUCUGUUCUCU